UCAAAAAUAAAGAUCUGCAAAACAAUAGCUAAAACCAACAAACAGAAGCUAAAAGAUAACAAAACUAAAAGCUAAGAUCAAUAGAACAGUAACCAAAAAUAAAGAUCUGAAAAACAAUAGCUAAAACCAACAAACAGCAGCUAAGAUAACAAAACUAAAAGCUAAGGUCAAUAGAACAGUAACCAAAAAUAAAGCUCUGCAAAACAACAGCUAAAACCAACAAACAGCAGCUAAAAGAUAACAACGGGACUUAAAAGCUCAAAGUACCAAAACACUAGCUCACAACUAAGUUACGCAAAACAGUAGYUGAAAGAAUAAAUCACCAAAUGGUAGCAAAAAGCUAGCAUCARCAAUGCAGAAGCUAUAACUUAAAACAGACAAAAUUUUAGUUUAGAGCUAAAGCCAACAACAGAAUGUAAAAGAUCACAUUAGCCAAGCUAUAAGCUAAGACUAGCAAAACAAUAACUGAAAAUAAAUUGCAAAAGAGUAGCUAAACGCUAAAAUGAAACUACAACUCAAAGCAUAAAUCAGCAACAGUAGCUAAAAGAUAAAACCAAAAAGAGAAGCUAAAUUUACUAAUUAGCAAAAAGUAGCUUUAAGCUAAGUUGAACAAAACAAUUGCUAAAAGGCUAACUUAGAAACAUAAAGCAAAAAGCUUGAGUAAGCAAAACAGUUGCUAACAGCUAAAACCAACAACAGAAGCCAAAAGCUCAAAUUAGCAACAGUACCUGAUAACUAAGAUGAGCAAAACAGUAGCUAAAAGAUUAACGUAGCAAAAGGCUGAAUUUAAAAUAUCUGCAGGUGGAUUUCAAAAGGCAUAACGUUUUAUUUCAAGUCCUCCUCGUGCGUUAAUUUAAAAGUUACUAAAACUAAACAGAUGUUCUGAAAGAGCCGAACAUUUUACUAUACGAAGGUUAAAGUGUGAAUCCUGACUCAGACCACAACAGGCGGUGUGACAGGUGACAUGUAUUCCUUCAGCUGAUGCUGGAUCUUUAUUCAGCUGAUCUUCAGGACCUGUUUUCCUCCAAGGGAUGAGCUGAAAGAUAAAACUUUACGACCAUCACCGGGGUUUAUUAAGUAACAGCUCUGGAAUCAGCUCAAAACUUCGUUCCCAGUUUUUUUUUUUAAUGACUCAAGCCUUGCCGCUAUGCAGCUGUUGACCUGGACAUCUGCCACACACACACACACAUACACAUACACACACACACACACACACGCACACACACACACACACACACACACAGCCACUAUCAGUAUAAGUGGAUUAGCAGAGAGACCCAUUUGUUCCCGAAGCGGGCCAGCGCUUGUAAAGAGUUUUGGCGGCAGCGACCCAGAGUCAUCCAGAGAAGGCCGUCCAUCAUCCGCCGCUUCACAAACACAARCAUCGCCUCUCCUUCCUCGCACGAAGCGUGAGAGCAGGAAGCGUCUCGCACCACUCAGAGUCAUUUCCCACAUCGUUAAAGCUCGUCUGAACCCGCUCGCCUCCAACGGGGAAGCGUGUCCCUUCGACGUGGAUUCAGAUCCAGAGAAGUGUCGCUCUGUGCUUCAGAGACUCGUACCCUUCGCUCAUCAAUCAAUCUUCCUGCCGGUUAUUCAUCUGCAGAGCCGAGUUUUUGUGCGAACACCUGGUGUGACGGCGCUCCGCUGAGGCUGAGUGAAUUCUUAAACUGCUAAACACCUAAAAGCUCCAGGAAGACGCUUCGUUUUGCUUUUUUAUGUCAAAGUACGCUUAAUGAGUUUCCACUUAGUUAUAUUAAAAAGUGGCUUAAAAAAACGCCUGAUCUGUAAGGCUGCUGCAGUAUAUAACUGAAAGUCAAAGACAAAGAAGCUGAACAACCAUGACAAUUUUUGAAACGUCUCCCCAAAAAGUAUGUUAAAUUGGUUUUUCAGUGAAAUUAUACUGGCUUUUACUGAUCACAGCAUCCUAACAGUUUCUGAAGAAAGGGACCAGACAACUUCUUUUAUGGCUUCCUCAAUUAAGACUAACAGCUCAAACAUUUAAACAGAAGUUAAAUUGCUUCUUUUUAAGCAAACUGAGCUCACAUGCAAAUCCCUACAGUCUCUUCUGAAGUCUUUGGAUUCAUUUACACCCCCCACACCAGAACAGGUUUUACUGUAGGUACCAGACCAAAGCUUUCAUAAGUUACUUGAUUACUAAAAUAUUUAAAAACUACAGCCUGACCAAUUUAACUUAGAGCUCACACUGAAGCUUUUGUUUCAGUGUUGAAACACUUUUCUUUAUCAUGUCUCAAAAUCUUAACUUUGUCAUGGAGAUCUCAAACUCGUCUCAAACUUUUCUCAAUGUUAUCAUGGAGGUCUCACAAUGUUCUCAACCUUAUUAUGGAGGUCUCAAUUCUUCUCAACUUUAUCAUGGAGGUCUCAAACUCAUCUCAACUUUAUCAUGGAGGUCUCAAACUCAUCUCAACUUUAUCAUGGAGGUCUCAACUCUUCUCAACUCUAUCUUGGAGGUCUCAACUCUUCUCAACUUUAUCAUGGAGGUCUCAACUCUUCUCAACUCUAUCAGGGAGGUCUCAACUCUUCUCAACUCUAUCAGGGAGGUCUCAACUCUUCUCAACUUUAUCAGGGAGGUCUCAACUCUUCUCAACUUUAUCAGGGAGGUCUCAACUCUUCUCAACUUUAUCAUGGAGGUCUCAACUCUUUAUCAUGGAGGUCUCAAACUCAUCUCAACUCUUUAUCAUGGAGGUCUCAAACUCAUCUCAACUCUUUAUCAUGGAGGUCUCAAACUCAUCUCAACUCUUUAUCAUGGAGGUCUCAAACUCAUCUCAACUCUUUAUCAUGGAGGUCUCAAACUCAUCUCAACUCUUUAUCAUGGAGGUCUCAAACUCAUCUCAACUCUUUAUCAUGGAGGUCUCAAACUCAUCUCAACUUUAUCAUGGAGGUCUCAACUCUUCUCAACUUUAUCAUGGAGGUCUCAACUCCUCAACUUUAUCAAGGAGGUCUCAACUCUUUAUCAUGGAGGUCUCAACUCUUUAUCAUGGAGGUCUCAAACUCAUCUCAACUCUUUAUCAUGGAGGUCUCAAACUCAUCUCAACUCUUUAUCAUGGAGGUCUCAAACUCAUCCCAACUUUAUCAUGGAGGUCGCAAACCAGUCUCAAUUCUAUCAUGGAGGUCUCAAACGCUUCUCAGAAUUUUCAUGGAGGUCUCAAACCAGUCUCAACUUUAACAUGGAGGUUUCUACUCUUCCCAACUCUAUCAUGGAGGUCUCAAAUGCUUCUCAACUUUAUAACGCUUCUCAACUUUAUCAUGGAGGUCUCAAACGCUUCUCAACUUUAUCAUGGAGGUCUCAAACGCUUCUCAACUUUAUCAUGGAGGUCUCAAAUGCUUCUCAACUUUAUCUUGGAGGUCUCAAACCAGUCUCAACUCUUAACUUUAUCAUGGAGGUCUAAAUCUGUUUUUUGUAUUCCACUACAUUAAAUCAGAGGUUUCUACUAAAGUGGACACAAAGUGGGCCAAGACAGGGUCUAAAAUAUAAUUUUUGUAAGUUGUUCACAUAUAAAUAAACUGAUUUGUAAAAACUGAUUGCUCAUAGAAGGCCAUUUAACUGAAACUCAGUGAAACUGAAAAUUUACUUAUUUUUUUGCAAUUUUMAUCUCCAGGGGUUUAAUGAGAUGCUAACAGAAUGCUUCACUAGUCCUUAAAAGUCCAAAUAUCAAUUUUCUGCCUUGUAAAUUCAUCUUSCAUCUCA